UCCACGUAGAGUUUAAGAGAAGCCGGACGAGGGCAACAGGGAAGCGGAUUAUUUCACCGGACAGCACGGCUGAGACUCACUGACGUGGAACCAUGCCUCUGCGGUUGGACAUCAAGCGGAAGCUGUCGGCUCGCUCAGACCGGGUGAAGAGCACCGACCUGCACCCCACUGAGCCCUGGAUGGUGGCCAGUCUGUACAGCGGCACCGUGGUGGUGUGGAACCAUGAAACACAGAUGAUGGUGAAAACCUUCGAGCUGUGUGACCUGCCUGUCAGAGUGGCCAAGUUUGUAGCCAGGAAGCACUGGGUCAUCGCCGGAGCAGAUGAUAUGCAGAUCCGAGUGUUUAAUUACAACACUCUGGAGCGAGUUCACAUGUUCGAGGCUCACUCCGACUACAUCCGUUGCAUCGUGGUGCAUCCCAGCCAGCCCUACAUCCUCACCAGCAGCGAUGACAUGUUGAUCAAGCUGUGGGACUGGGAGAGGAAGUGGACGUGCAGUCAGGUGUUUGAGGGACACACUCACUACGUCAUGCAGAUCGUCAUCAACCCCAAAGACAACAAUCAGUUUGCCAGCGCCUCUCUGGACAGAACCAUUAAG